AUGGGUGACGUUUUCCUGCGCGCCUUGGGUGCGGACUUGGAGCAGACGCAGCGUGCCCUGGCCCCGCGCUGUUUGUUUUGCGUGCCGCAGCCACGCUCGCUGCUUGCGGACGAAGCUAUCACUCAAGACGCGCUAUACACGCACUUCCUCACUCCUGCAGGCGACGAGCCGGAACGAUCUCUUGGUUCCUAUGAUUCUCUCAACGGCAAGCAAGUGGCGGUCUUGGGCUCCCAUAUUCACACUGGGAAGGGCUUCAGCGACCGCAGACAAGUGCGUAUCUUGCUAUCCGAGAAGAGGGAGAUCCAUCAUCAGGAAGUGACGGUGCUGCACAUCAGUCGGCCGCUAGAGGGCGGUCUCGAGGUACCGGAAGACCCCAGUGAGAUUGAUGUCGCUACCUUGAGAAAAUAUACAGCCAUCCUCAGAUCGUUUCCGGAAAACGAGCUGAUCUUCUAUCAGCUAGAAGAAACUAUUAGUCAAGUGCACAAAAUUUGUGUACAGGAACAAGUGUACGAGAGGUACAAACAGACACUUCCAGCAAACUUGAAAGAGGAGUGGGAAACUGCAGUGGAAGAGCUGAUCCACGCGGGGAGUUUUGAUGAUAUCGAGGAGGACUAUAGGUUGCAGAGAAGACACGGAGGAGGAGUGAGUCAUUUGCUGCAGAUACAGCAAGUGGUAGAGUGCUAUUUAAUGGAGAGUCUGCACGACGUGAUAUUUCCGAGAAUUGUAGCGAGCUGUCGAGAGCAGGAUAAGAAACUGCAACAGGUUUUGUAUCGUAUGAGGCACUAUACGCCAGAAGAUUUUGGACUGAGGAAGGAGUUCCAGUGCUUCGCUGCGGAAGCACGAGACACGCUUCUAACUGUUACACAGAAGAAGACGCCGUUAGACAUGCUACUGGUUUUUAAGACAUGUAUUGAUCGAGUCAGCGAUGCAAUUACACGGAAUGUCAAGCUGCGUAGAUUAGACUUUGAAGCGUAUCAAUUGACGACAGACGAUAUUUUGGAUCAGCUACUCUUCGUGCUGGUGCAAGCCUUCAAUAAAGUUCUGCGGGAGACAGCAGAGGACGCUUCGGGGCCAGCUUCGCCGUUUCCUAUCGCGGCUGUGAUAAAGUACAUCUCGGAUUAUCAUUUUAUCAACUCCAACACGACAGCAUUGGGCUUCACGAUAGCGAACUUUCAAGUGGCUAUUGAAUAUUUCUUGAUGCGUGGGGAUCACGACGACGACUGCAAGGACUGUGCAGAUCUUGCUUUACAAGGCGGAAAUGCUGGAAUUCGUUGUUCACAGAUUAUUGAAGAAUCAAAGUGCGUACGAGCUGUCCAUAAGAUUCGACGAGAUCUUAGGAAGGCCGUGGAGAACGUGGAGCUUGCGCGACGAGAUACUGGGACUGAAACUGGACAAGAGACUCCGCACACGAUUCUUGCUGAAUCCAAUAGCUCUGUUGCUAGUGAAUCGAGAUCUGUGAAGCGGUUAUCCAUUAUUGGAGAAUGGUCCACGUCUAGUCAAGGCACGGAUGUGAUAAACGGCACUUCUAUUGAUGCUUCAUCGAACGGUGCACUUGCUGUUCACCCUGUUGAAUUCGUUGUUGGCGAGUCGAGUAAUGAUACCAACAUAAUUCAAGUUGGUAGUGGCCAACGGUUUUUUGCUUCGGUGAUGGAGGAUGGAAAUCUGUUUACUUGGGGCGACAGUAGCGGCGGUCGUUUGGGUUACACUAUUGCCGAUGGCGAUUCUCGGCGAGUCAGCACCCCGCAGCGUGUAUUUGCGCUACAGCAGCACACAAUUAUUCAAGUUUCGUGUGGAGCUUUUCACACUCUGGUUACAGAUCUCAACGGACAUGUCUUUGCCUGGGGAAGCAAUUCUAGAGGUCAACUGGGAUUUCUGUCGCCAGGAACUCCAUCCACUGCAGUUGUGACGCCGUCCGUUGUUGGUGAUCUUCGAGGGAUGUAUAUGAGCUCUGUGGCUUGUGGUGAGUACCAUUCGCUAGCUCUGUCAUCAGACGGCCGCGUGUUUUCGUGGGGCUGCAAUAAAUAUGGGAAGCUUGGUCGUGCUGCGGAGGGCUUGCUAGAUAUGGUGCAACCGAGACAGAUUGAUGCGGACUGGACAGGGUGGGCAAUGGAUAUGAAGUCUAGAAUUGGUAAUGGAGAGAGGUAUAUUGUCCGCCGUAUUGCAGCAGGAAAGGAUCAUUCCCUUGCGAUCAGUAGCGACGGCGCAGGAUUUACAUGGGGGCGUGGGGAUUCUGGCCAGCUCGGCCAUGGAUGUUAUAUGGACGUUAGCGAACCAAAGCAGGUGAUGGCGAUCUCGGCAGCAAUCUCGGAAAAUUGCGGACUGAUCGACAUAGCAGGUGGAAAUGACUUCUCUAUUUUCUUGUUGCAAAAUGGAACCGCGUACAUCUGCGGACGGGAUCCCUCAUUGGACAUUGAGAAGCUUCUUCUAUCGCCAACGCUGCUGACGCUGUCGCCGACACUCGAGCGUGAGUUCUUUGGCCAAAUCACCGCGGUAUCUUGUGGCGAAGCUCACUACACACUCUUGUCAAGAAGUGGAGCACUACUGGUAUCCUAUUCUAGCUUCUCGCAACCAUCGGCCGACGCUGGAUCAACGACAGCCGAAGUGCAGGAGAGGCGCGUGGAAUGGGUAGAAGAGGCCGGUGUUGUCCAUCGAAUGGUGUGCGGCGCCUCACACACGCUCGUCGUUGUUUAG